AUGUCUCGCGUCAACCGUGCCACCCUUUCUCUGUCCCGUAUUAAUCGAUUUAUGAAAGAUAAAGAUGGCGGCCAAACUUGCGUGUUCGUCGGAACUGUUGUUGACGAUGAUCGGUUACUUGAUUUCAACUUGAAAAAUACCGUGUGUGCAUUACGCUUCACGAAGACGGCAAAAGCAAGAAUACUGAAAGCCGGCGGUGAGGUCAUCACUUUUGAUGAGUUGGCAAAACGCGCACCAACUGGAUCGAAGACUGUACUAUUGAGAGGAAAACGAAGUGGGCGCAAGGCACUCAAGCACUUUGGAAACGGACCUAAAUCACACUCCAAGUAUGUUUUGGUUUGCUUUAGAGAGGAGGGUACGGGAAGGAAAAGUGGAUGUUUGGAUUACGGUUUACUGAUGUUUGAGAGUCGAGAGUUGUACAAUGAGUGGUUUCCGCGUGUGAGUCAAACAUGA